CCAACGUAAAUAUCAAUCACAACUUCUUCCAAUUCCCUUUCCUGGCAACGGCUUCGUACCCGGAAGUUGUUGUCUUCACCCCGCGAAAUAUCAACAGCCCAACUUCACAGCGGUAGAAAUACAAUAGAAAAUGUCUUUAAAAUGUAGUCUCUACUGGACUAACCGUGAAGGCUGAAUUGAUAAAAACGUUUGGGGAUAUGCUGUGGCUGUAAUGCAGCGGAGUAAAGCGUCCGUGAGAGUGGAAGUGAAGCAGGUGAUUGGAGCUCUGUGCCGACUGCUAGCGGCCACCGGGCUGGAAUCUGUCCCCACACCGGAGAACUUCCGACGGGCCAAGUUCGGUGGUGGACUCGAGGUGGAGGAUCAGUUUUGGCAGCUCCUUGCCGAUAUCCUUCAGACAUCGAGCAGUGUUUCCUGUGAAGCUAGUGCACAGCUAGGAGGAGCCACAGACUACAGGAAGCUGGUAGCUGCAGGCCUCUGGCAGACUGGCUACCAUGCUGACUGGAUGUAUGGGAGGCAGGGAGGAGAAGGAGAGGAGGGAGGAGAAGGAGGGAGAUGCUCCAGCAGAGACCUCCUCCUGGCGCUGGGCUGGCUGCUGGCUACAGGAAAACUGGAGAUACUGCUGACACAGCGAGUACAGCAACUGGACAAAACACUACUCACACCUACACCUGUUAACCCUCCGCUUCCCAGUGAGCUCCAGUUAGACUCGGCAUCCCUGAGGAAGCUUCAGUGGCUCGUUGGUUGUCUGAGAUACCAAGGGCGGACGCUGCUGUCCAUGCAAGAAGAGCGAACUCGCUUGCUCCAUGCUGUUGUUGUUGCCAGCCUUCCCUCCUCUGUAUCCUCGUCCUCUGAUCAAAGCUCAACAGUGCUAAGGAAGGACUGUGUUUGUAUGCAGCAGCUCUGUGACCUCCUAGAAGCAUAUCUGAACUGGAAACAGGUGGAGAAGGUCUUCUGGACCUGGAUGGACAGUGUGGUGGAUUGCCAUCUGACAGAUCCUGUCGUCAAGAGGCCUUCACAUUCACCCAAUACGGGCGCAAGAGUGUGUCACCAUGGAAACCGCGGCUUAGAGAAAUUGGAGGACAUGCUAUUGAGACUGCCUACAGGACAGGAAGCACAGAGGAGAGGCAGAGGCGAUGUUGAGGACCGAGAAGAAGGACGAGAGAGGUUACAUGGUGGAUCGGACUCUUUUUGCCUCCCUCCUCCUCUUUCCUCUCUCCCCUGCCUUCCCUGCCGCCCCCAGGCCUACCGAGCCAUGCUCCAGACUGAGAAGCCAGUCAGACACGGCCGCCUCCCGGGAGAGGGGGCCCGCGGCGGGGCCGAGAAUCCGGACGAGCUCCCAGCGUCUCAGGCUGUGCAGGAGCUCCUUCAGACAGAGGCUCUGCUGGUAGAGAGGCGGGACAGGCAGAGACUGGCCAAUAGGAUGCAGCUGCAGAAGAUGAUUGGCAGGCUGGACCAACUGAUGUUGAUACCACCAUAAACUUUUUCUUUUAUCCUCAAACUGCUGAUUUUUUUAAAUUCAGAAAUGAACACAAUAUGGACUUUAAUUUUUGUAGUUUGCCAAAUAUUCACUUGACAUUUGGAUGAAAACCAUAUACUCUCACAAAUAAAUAAGCUUUCAACAC